UCUGCACCCUAACCCCUCAGUCUCUCCUCUCGGCUCUCGGCUCUCGCACUACCCACUUCAAACAUCAUUCCAUCCAUUGUCGAGGAUCUGCAAAACCAAAACUUUCCAUUUUUUGUCUUUUGAAAAGAAAAUAAAAAGAACGAAAGAAAUCCCCCCCCUCUCUCAACCAAAGCGAUGACCGACCCCAUUGAACCAUCAACUUCAACGAGCGACCCCAAUUCGAAUUCGACUCCAACCCCGACCAUUCUCCUCCACCCGCGACGCGAGCCUUUUGAGCACGGCCUCCUACCCAUCCAGAAGCUCAUAUUCACAGACCCAGUUCAAGCCCUAACCCAGCUCAAGGAAAAACUCUCAUCGUCCUUCGCUCUCCGAGUCGGCUCGGCGGCCCUCGCUGACGCGCUUCAGAUCUCAUCGGACCAUGCGCGUCUCAUCCUCGACACUCUCUCCUCGGUUCUCCACUCCGAAUCCGACCCACUCGUUACCGCCCGGCCCGAGGAUGUCGACUCCAUUGGAGCUGAUUUGCGUGAUCUGGUCCUGUUUUUGUACAUUCAAUCGUAUAAGAGACUUUUGCCGCGCUCGCACAAGGACUCCGCUGCAGUUGCCGAUGUUUGGCCUUCCACGUCAGCUUUCGACGGUUACUUGUCGGCUCUUUCGCCUUUGCAGCUUGUCCGCAGCAACACUCGUCGGUUUAUGCCAUCACAGGCUGAUGAAGAGGCCCAUCAAUUGUCCUAUCUACAAAAGCACUUGGCUAACAUUCUCUCUCUUUUGUCGGAGCAUGUGGAGGGGGAAGGCAAAGAGUCUAUGGUUUUAACCAUUGAAGGAUUUGAGCACCUUGGAUUUCUGAUUCAUUUUGGUGAUAAGGGAUCUGAAGGAGUUCCUUUAAGCCAAGCUGCUCCCUUUUUUGCUAAUUCUGAUCCAGACAUGCCUGCUGUUCCUGUGCUGGCAUCACAAGUUCAUGAUUGGCUUCUAGAGAUCAUAGCUGCUUCUUUGGAGCAUGUUUCUGAAAAAAAUUCUGCAAAAGAAAGUGGUUCUCCAAGCAGCUCUGAUCAGGAUAUUGCUAUGUCUGAUGCUAGUCCAAGUUCUGCCAAAGCCUCACAAAGUGCGAGGAGUUCCUUUUUCAUCGAGGGCGUCUCUAAAUCAUCUUAUGUAAAGCAGGCAUCAGAUCUUAAAAAUUCUUCUGUGAAGGUCAUUAAUUGCCAUGACUCAGUCAUUUACGUUUUAGCACCUUUAAGAUAUGCCACCAUAUAUGGAUGCUCUGAUGCUACUAUAGUUCUUGGAGCUGUUGGCAAGGCAGUAAGAGUUGAGCACUGUGAACGAGUUCAUGUUAUUUUAGCUUCAAAACGAGUUUGCAUUGUCAAUUGUCGCGAGUGUAUAUUCUUUUUGGGAGUGAACCAGCGACCCCUAAUUGUUGGCGAUAACCACAAGCUACAGGUGGCACCGUAUAACACGUUCUAUUCUCAGCUGGAGGAACAUAUGACUGAAGUUGGCAUUGAUGCAACUAUCAAUAGAUGGCAUGAACCUUUGGCCCUUGGAGUGAUCGAUCCGCAUGAUUCAUUAUCUCAUCCUGCAGGAGUUGCUGAUGCUCAAACUGAGUCUGCUGCAUGCCUAGAUCCUGAUCAGUUCACAAAUUUUCUGAUUCCAAACUGGUUUGAAGGUGAACCCACUAAGUCAACAAGGAAUAAUCCAUUCCCCUUACCUGAUCCGUACUUCACAUCUCAACAGAGAAAUCAAAAGAAUUUAGGUGAGAUUCAGCAAAUACUGAGAGAAGCUCCCCUUGAAGAAAAUCGAAAAAGAGAGUUAUCAUGUGCUCUUCAUGUAUACUUCAAAGACUGGUUAUAUGCUUCAGGAAAUAUUCGCCAGCUGUACUGCCUACUAGGUGAUUGAUACCUCAAGGUAAAUCUGCAUAUGAUUAGAUGAGUUAUAGAAGAAUGGUUUAUGGCUUUCUUUUAGUUUCAAUCAUUUGCCGGUUGGCUCAUGUCAUUUCUAUUGGUACAACAGGCUUCUGAGAAUCACCUUGUAAUUUGGAACGGCACAAAAAUUUUAUGGAUUGGCAAUGCAAUUAGAUAAUAUGCAUUUCCUAAUCUCAAUGUAUUAUUUUUUUGGAUGAAUAGGAAAAUAAUGUUAUUGUAAUAUUUGUUAACCUAGGUCUUCGGUUUUUGUGAAUUUAAAUACUUGAUUAAAUCUGUUCUUUCCGUC